ACCCAAAAAUAUAACCUGAACAGGAAAUCUAAAGGAAUAGUGCAAAUACUUGUAGCGAAACCAUUAUUUUGGUGAUUAUUAAUUAGAGGAGAGUAACAAAAAAAGGUGAAGUUUUGCAACAAUAACGGAAUUGACAAGUACAUCAAGUUAAUAAUCAAUUAAAGAAUCCGUUGGAUUGAUCGCCUAGAGAAUAUGUCGGGGGGAAUUUUGUUCGGUGGUGACGAGAUUGGGGCCCUCGUUUUCGAUUUGGGGCAUCAUUCCCUGAGAGUCGGUUAUGCCCAGGAAGACACACCAAAGGCGGAAAUUCCAGCGGUCGUUGGCAUUGGCGAAGACACCAAUGGAGGAAGCAACAAGGGAGAACCAAUGGAUGUCGAUGAUAAAAAACAAGAUAGCAAUAUUACUCAGUCAAAGCCGAAGUAUUAUAUUGACACGACGAUUCUUCAUGUUCCCAGGCCAGGUAUGGAAGUGGUAUCCUACAUGAAAGAUGGAAUGAUAGAGGACUGGGACCACUUCGAGAAGGUCCUGGACUACACAUAUUCCAAAGUAAUCCAAUCAGAUGCCGAGUACCACCCAGUGCUGUUCUCAGAGUCACCCUGGAACGUGCGAAGUAAACGAGAGAAGCUUACAGAGUUAAUGUUUGAGAAAUACAACGUGCCAGCGUAUUUUCUCGUGAAAAAUGCAGUCCUGGCAGCAUUUGCCAACGGCAGAGCCACUGGAAUAGUCGUGGACUCUGGUGCCACGCACACAUCAGCUGUUCCCGUUCAGGAUGGAUUUGUCCUGACGCAGGCAAUAGUCAAGUCUCCUCUGGGGGGUGACUACAUCAGUAUGCAGUGUCGACAGUAUCUCCAGGAGAAUGACAUCGAUCUAUCACCUGCUUACAUGAUUGGCAGCAAGGAAGUCGUCAAGGAUCACGAAAAGCCCAGGUGGACGCCGAAGAAGGGCAUCCCAGAGGUCACCAAGUCCUGGCACAAUUAUAUGGUUAAAAAACUCAUUCAGGACUUUCAGGCAACUGUCCUCCAGAUCUCUGAGGCACCGUACGACGAGAAAAUUGUUUCGACAAUUCCUGCGGUGCAGUAUGAAUUUCCAACGGGAUAUCAUCAGGAUUUUUCCACUGAAAGGUUCAGGAUACCUGAGGCUCUCUUCGAUCCCAGUGUUGUCCAGAUGAGAGGUGGUCUCGUUGGGAAUACCAUGCUGGGGUGUGGACACAUUGUCACAACGAGUGUUGGAAUGUGUGAUGUGGAUGUGAGACCUGCGUUGUAUGGAAGUGUUGUUGUCACUGGAGGCAAUUCCUUCAUUCAGGGAUUUCCAGAACGUCUCAAUCGUGAUUUAUCUAUGAGAAUUCCAUCCAGUAUGAGAUUAAAACUCAUCAGUGCUAAUGGAUGUGCUGAGAGGAGAUUUGGCGCUUGGAUUGGGGGCUCCAUUCUCGCGUCCAUAGGCACAUUCCAGCAGAUGUGGAUAUCGAAUCAGGAAUACGAGGAGAGUGGAAAGAGCCAAGUCGAGCGGAAGUGUCCCUAGAUCUAAAUCGCCUUUUUUUCGUUUAUUUUCUGUGAAGUGGCAAACGAGAUAAUUCCAAAUACAUGGAAACAUUUGAUGGGAAAACCUGACGCCUUCUACGAGGAAUUUUAUUAAGUCUCUGAUAAUUUUAUUGGAGAUCUAUAAGAAUUCUGGUGAAACAGUCGUUUUUGUUUUUUUUUCCUGCAGUAAAAUUAAAAAUUAUUACCAAUUGAUUGUUUUUGGACAGAAAAUCUGUGGAUUUUUUUUUAUGUAAUUUAUUCUGUUGGGAUUCUUUCUAUUGGAUUGAAUAAAAUUAAUGGCAAAAAUCGAUUUUUUUUAUAGGAUUCAAGAAUGUUUUUAAUGGAAUUCUUGUAGGAAUUGAAAAUAUUUUGUCGAGGACAGCGCUAGGUUUUUCUGUAAACCUUUUUCAUUCACAAAACUUGAUUUUCCACCUCUGUGCUAGUUUUUUAAUAAAAAAAAUUGAACAAUUAAAGUCUAAUCAUACGAUCAGGUGGUAUUUAUGUGAAUUGUAAGAAGACGUAUUUUGUAAAAUAUAAACCGAAAUUGUAUCAA